GUCGGCGUAUAAUUAUCUUGAUAGAAAUCCCCUCUUUCAAAGCCAGAGUUCGACACGAUGAACGAGACUGUUUGCUUGCGCUUGAUGUAUCGGGCUAUCUAACCGUCUGUAUUGCCGCCAAAACGUAUACUACCUACCGGCGAGCGCCGUGUUCCAGAUCCCACCCAUUGUGUAAUAUACAGGGUUCUGUUUCUCUUAUCUUUAUCCAGAGUUCCUCGAUCUUCAAGCAACCAUGGCUGAACCUGUGACAGAGGAAAAGUCUCGGCAAUACUCCGAGUCAGAUCCAGACAAGAGAUCUGUUGACCCCAGUUCAUCAAAAGCCUCUGAGACAGUUGAUUUUGAGACCAACUCGGUCAAUGAAAAUUCACUACUCCGGAAACUCGACGUUCGUCUCCUACCUGCCGUUGGUAUUCUCUAUCUGCUCUCCUUCUUGGAUCGCAGCAAUGUGGGCAACGCGAGGAUUGAGGGUCUCGCGUCAGACCUUGGUAUGACGGGCAACCAGUACCUAACUGGUCUGACGCUAUACUUUAUCGGCUAUGCCAUUUUUGAAAUCCCAUGCAACAUCGUUCUGAAGCGCACAACACCCAGGUUUUGGCUACCAACCCUCACCAUCCUAUGGGGAAUCGUAGCUACCCUGAUGGGCAUCGUCCAGAACCUGACUGGCUUUUUCAUCGCCCGCUUCUUCCUCGGUGUCGCUGAAAGUGGUCUCUUCCCCGGCGUAGUCUACUAUUUCUCCAUGUGGUACAAGCGCCGCGAGAGGCAAUUCCGCAUUUCACUCUUCUUCGGAGCCGCCGCUCUUGCCGGAUCCUUCGGCGGCAUCUUGGCCUAUGGCAUUGGCUUUAUGCGCGGCACUGUCUGGGAGCAUGGCUGGCGCUGGAUCUUCAUCCUCGAGGGCAUCGCUACGGUCUUAAUAGCCUUUGGAGCUUACUGGUUCAUCUACAACUACCCAGACACUGCUGAAUUUCUCUCGGACAAGGAGCGCAAGUUCAUCCGCGCCCGUCUUGCCUCCGACAGCGACGCCACCCACGACGAGCGCUUCACCUGGGACAAUGUCCUCCGCGCCAUAAAGGACCCCAAGUGCUGGCUCUACGGACUGAGUUUCCACACCAUGAGCUUACCUCUCUACACAUUCUCUCUGUUCUUGCCCUCCAUUAUCAACGCCCUAGGCUACCGCGCCGCAACCGCCCAACUCCUCACCAUCCCGCCCUAUGCCUUCGCCUUCCUCACCACUCUCACUGUAGCCACCGUCUCGGAGCGUCUGCACCAGCGUGCCAUCUUCAUCAUCGGGUCCGCCACCUUCGCCAUAAUCGGCUACAUCAUGCUCCUCGCCAACAAGGACCCCAUAGCCCACCCGGGCUUGUCCUACGCCGGUACCUUCUUCGCCGCAGGCGGCAUUUACCCCGCCACAGCCCUGGCGCUCUCGUGGCCGGCGAUUAAUGUCUCUGGCCAGACAAAGAGAGCGGUGGCGAACGCGAUGCAGAUCAGUAUCGGCAACUUGGGUGCGGUGCUGGGGACGCAGUUGUAUAGGAGCCGGGAUGGACCGAGGUAUAUAGUUGGUCACAGCUUCGCGCUGGGUUAUCUGGCGGGGAAUGUGAUUGUCUCGAGCUUGUUGUAUUUUAUUUUGAGUAGGGAGAAUAAAAAGCGGGAUGGGAUUGUGCCGGAAGUGGCAGAGGUAGGGCAUCUGAAGGAUUGGGAUGGGGAUGAAGAUCUCAGGUGGAGGUUCCAGUACUAGUGGCUUGAACUGGGCUGUCGUCUCUCGGUGGUGUUGUCGGAAUAGAACGGGACCCUUGGAAGGUGUUGAUGAUAACACUGUUAACACAUGAGUGUUAGCGCAAGAUUGGAUGGUCGACAGAGAGGGAAAAAAAAAAAAGUUGGAAUGUGGUGGCGGAUUUUAGCCGCCGCUUGGUUUCUGGGAGAUUACGUUGAGAGAUACCCUUGAUGUUAUAGUCUAUGCGUUAUGGAUAGGAAGUUGGUUUUGUUGUCGA